CGCUGAGAACACCGCGGACUCCCGUUUUACCGGAGCGUUGCUCGGCACGAUGUCCGCGUUUACAGAAUGAAAAGACCGGAUUGUAGCUGCUGCACGGGAAGCGCAGGAGUGUAUCCUCCUUAAACGAUAUUGACAUGAAGAAAGAUAUAGAGGUGCUAAUAGCAGAGGAACGUGCACAGAUCAUCUGUAAAUAUGAUAAGGGCAGGGAGGAGGGUGUUGAGAUCGACCCUUGGGAAGAUGCAGACUACAGCAUUUACAAGGUCACGGACCGCUUUGGCUUCCUGCAUGAGGAAGAGCUCCCCACGCCAACACUUCUUGAAGAAAAGCAAAAACAGCUGGAGGUCGAGCGCGUACAGAAAUGGUUAAAGAUGGUCAGAAAAUGGGAGAAGUACAAAAACAGCGAGCGGAUGAUGAAGAGGGUGUACAAGGGGAUUCCACUCCAGCUGCGAGGCCAAGCCUGGAGCCUAUUGCUGGAUGUCGAGAAGGUUAAGAAGGAAAAUGAAGGAAAAUAUGAGAGAAUGAUAGGACAAGCCAAGAUCUACUCCACAGAAAUCAAACAGAUUGAUCUCGAUGUGAACAGGACCUUUCGAAACCAUAUCAUGUUCAUGGACCGAUUCGGAGUAAAACAGCAGUCUCUGUUCCACGUGCUCACCGCAUACUCCGUAUACAACACGGAGGUGAGCUAUUGCCAAGGCAUGAGUCAGAUAGCAGCCAUUCUGCUAAUGUACAUGAACGAGGAAGAUGCAUUCUGGGCCAUGUCCCAGCUGCUGACCAAUCAGAAACAUGGCAUGCACGGUUUCUUUAUCCCUGGAUUUCCUAAAUUGCAGAGAUUCCAAAACCACCAUGAUCAGAUUCUGUCUAAACUUCUCCCUAAGCUGAAAAAGCAUCUGGACAAGGAGCAGAUGACCAGCGGCAUUUACAGUACUAAAUGGUUCCUGCAGUGUUUUAUUGACCGGACACCGUUCACCCUGACCUUACGCCUGUGGGACAUCUUCAUUCUUGAGGGAGAAAAGAUCCUCACAGCCAUGGCCUACACCAUCCUUAAACUGCACAAGAAGCGUCUGUUGAAGAUGUCACUGGAGGAGCUGAGAGAGUUUUUACAGGAGAAGAUCGCAGAAUCCUUAGAGCUCAGCGAUGAUAUGGUCAUCGAGCAGCUUCAGGUCUCCAUGACAGAACUGCGCAAAAUGAAGCUAGACCUUCCUUCUCCAGCUAAGCCAGAUGAACUGCCACGGAAACCACUUGGUGUGGAGCGUCCUAUACUGCUGACCCCGCUGCGAACCCACAACCAGACCCUGGAUCAGGAAAUACCAGACAAGAGCCAGCUAGCCAGACGACCUCCAGCUUCACUUCAGAUCUCACUCCAGGAAUCGAUUGUUCCUGAUCAGGUCUCCCUAGAAGACAAGUGUCCCUACCAGGAUAGGGAGAUAGACAGUGUAUCGCCAUUUCCCUCCCCUGACCCAGUAUUAGUGCAUACUGAAAUUGUUUUUGGCCCAGAUGGAUCGAUGGAAGCUCCCGAAGAGCAGCCACCACCGUAUGAGCCUCCUAAAAAUGCAGAACCGAAUGAUCCUCCACUUCCGUCCCAACUGACCAUGAGUACUUGUGGAACUUUAACAGAAUCAGCACAUUUAGAAGCAACUCAGGACACUUCACAAGUCACAUCACAGGCUACAACAGAGGAUGGUUUAUCUGUAAUGCACAGAAGCAAGUGUCAGUUGACAUUAUCUGUAGCCUCACCGCAAGACUCCCAAAAUGAGAACCUCCCAGAUACAGAAAAGGUAGAAACAAGAAAAGUGAAGACAUUUGUUUCAGAGAAGUCUGUGGUAUUAACUCAGAACUCUGCAUUUAUUAAACUUUCCCGCACAGACUCUGAAGAACAGUCAUCUUCCACAUACACAGAGGCUUCAUUAUUCACAGCUGGAAGAAAACUGAUGACUGUUCACUCAGACCCGCUGUUCAAGCACCAUGAUCUUCCCAGUCUGCCCAAAUCAGAGACUUUUUAAGCUGGCUAUCAAUUCUUUGCCUUUUUUGUUAAAGGAUUUAGAAUUUUCUGUAUCCCUCCCACUGUUCCAUGUUAUUUUUCACUAUCCUUCUUCCUAAAUAUUUCUUAUUGUCGCAAAGGGAAGCCAGAUUUUACCUCCAAAAUGAAGGACUACGUUACUGCAUCACAUAGGAAAUAGAAUACAUUGUACUGUUCUUGGACAGGAUACGUCCUAAAAUAACAGUUCAGUUUUCAUACACCAGGUAAUAAUUGGUUUACAGCAGUUUACUUGCCUUACAGAAGUAAGGUGUUGAUUUCAUCAGUUUGGCCUGGAGAGGUGCUACGCAAAUUUUAGGGAAAAUCUUUAAGAAAUCAUUUGUUAGUAAAAUCAGGAAACGGGUUCAAAUAAUGUGAGCUGGCUCACUGUUAUACAUGUGCCACCAAUAUCAUCCUGAACAUUCUAAUAUAUUUUAUUAUUUUUGUUAAUUUAUUACUUGUUUA